AUGUCGCUUAACUACGAUUUCACUGGAAAGGUAGCUCUGAUAACCGGUUCGAGUUCGGGUAUCGGUGCCGGCAUUGCCCUAUUGUUUAGCAAAUCGGGUGCCAAUGUUGUCAUCACCGGUCGUGAUGCCGAUCGUGUACACAAAGUGGCCAACGAUUGUAUACAUGUAUCGCCUAAACAGUUACAACCUCUGGAAGUUGUCGGCGAUAUUACUAAUGAAAACGAUUGUCAACGUUUGGUUGAGCUAACUGUCCGCAAGUUUGGCCAAUUGGAUAUACUGGUCAACAAUGCCGGCACCGUUAGGUUUUCGACUAUCGAUGAACCUGAUUAUAUGAAAACAUUUGAUUUUAUUAUGCAAACCAAUUUGUAUUCAACUGUUUGUAUGACACAUAAAUCGGUCCCAUAUUUGGCUAAAACUGGCGGUAAUAUUAUCAAUAUAUCGUCAGUCGAUUCAAAACGAUUGCAAUCAAGUCGUUCACAAUAUAAUAUGUCUAAAGCAUCGGUCAAUAUGUUUACCAAAUGUAUGGCCGCAGAGUUGGGACCGAAACGUAUUAGAGUUAAUGCUAUAAUAACUGGUAUCAUAUUGACUGACAUAACCAUACAUUCAAUGGACACAACUCGGGCGGAAGCGGACAAAAUAAUUGAAAAAAUUUGCGAAAAAUAUCCAGUCGGUAGGCCCGGCCAGCCCGAGGACAUUGCCAACAGUGUUGCCUAUUUGGCCAGCAAUGAUACGGCCGGGUUUAUAACCGGUACGUUAUUGGUGGUCGACGGCGGACACAUUGCCGCUAAUAUUGUGGCCGAAUAA